AUGUCACCUAGUCAGAAUAGUCAUUUUAAACUUCUUCAGAAGUUCAAGCCGGACUACUCACCUAGCGAGUUUGUUCAAUAUGAAUCCGAGAGGACCGGCAUGCGGGUCGUGGUCAUUGACCAGAAAGGCCCUAAGGUAACUGGCUAUUUCGUCUUAGCUACUGAAAUCUCCGAUGAUUCGGGAGCCCCUCAUACGUUGGAGCAUCUUUGCUUUAUGGGUUCUCGCAAUUACAAAUACAAGGGAUUCCUUGACAAGCUCGCUACGCGGGUUUACUCGAAUACUAAUGCUUGGACAGCGACAGACCAUACAGCAUAUACCCUAGACACGGCGGGCUGGGAGGGAUUUGCUCAAAUCCUACCCGUAUACCUUGAGCAUGUGAUAGCCCCGACGUUGACAGACGAAGGUUGCUACACCGAAGUGCAUCACAUUGAUGGCACCGGAAAUGAUGCCGGGGUCGUGUAUUCGGAGAUGCAAGGCGUGCAAAACAACUCUGCAGAGCUUAUUGAUCUAACUGCUCGACGGUUGAUGUACCCGCACGGAGUGGGAUUUCGCUACGAGACUGGAGGCAUGAUGGAACAACUUCGCGUCCUCACGGCCGAGAGAAUUAGGGAGUUCCACCGUGACAUGUACCAGCCCAAAAAUCUCUGUCUGAUUAUCACGGGCGAAGUAGACCAUGAGAAUAUGCUGCAAACUCUGGAUAAGUUUGAGGAUGCCAUUAUAGAUGUUAUCCCGAGUCCUGGAUCGCCAUUCAAACGACCCUGGGUGGACUCCAAGCAGGCGCCUCCGUUGGAGGAAUCCAUUGUACAGACUGUAGAGUUCCCUGAAGAGGAUGAAUCUUUUGGCGAAAUAGAGAUCAGGUUCUUGGGACCGGAUUGCACAGAUCCUAUACAAACUGGAGCACUGAACGUUGUUUUGCUAUAUUUGGCUGGAUCGUCGGCUUCUCUAUUGGACAAUGUGCUUGUGGAAAAGGAACAACUCGCAAGUGCUGUCUAUUACGCUACUGAAGAACACCCUAGCUUGGAGAUCCGCUUCACCCUGACAAGUGUUGAGACGGAUAAACUUGCCAAGGUGGAACAACGAUUCUUCGAUGUGCUGAAGGAUGCGAUGCAAAAGGAGAUCGAUAUGAGAUACCUUCAAGAAUGUAUUGACCGGCAGAGACGCAGCUGGAAGUUCAACACCGAAAGCUCUGCAUCUUCAUUUGCCGAGUAUGUCAUUUCUGAUUUCCUGUUUGGCAAGCGGGAUGGCUCGACGAUGCUCGACGUUGCCACCUUGAAGGAGUACGACGUUCUGGAGAAAUGGACUGAGAUGGAAUGGCGCAACUUUAUCAAGAAGUGGAUUUCCGAUGCUCCGCACGUCAGCAUCCUGGGUGUGCCAUCAUCGAAGAUGUCCGAGACACUGAAGAAAGUGGAGGAAGCAAGAGUUGCAGCGCAGAAGAAGCAGCUUGGCGAAAAGGGGUUGGCUCAGCUGGCUGAAAAGCUUGAGAAAGCGAAGGCCGAAAAUGACAAGGAAAUCCCAAAGGCGAUGUUGGAGAAGUUUGAAAUCCCUGGAAUCGAGUCGAUCCAUUUCGUGGAAACCACAACAGCUCGAUCUGGUACUGCUUUGCAGGCUGGACACCCAGAGCACAAGGCCCAAAAGCUUGUGGACGCCGAUGGCUCUGACAUGCCUCUGUUUAUUCAUUUCGAGCACAUCCCUAGCAGUUUUGUCCAGCUCUCUCUCCUCAUCUCUGCACAGUCUGUGCCAGUUCAGCUCCGUCCUCUCUUGUCUAUCUACACAGAAGCGUUUUUCAACCUACCGGUCUACCGCGAUGGCAGGACCGUUAACUUCGAACAAGUCGUUGUCGAGUUGGAAAGGGACACAGUUGGCUACGGCAUGGAAGGGGCCCGAAGCUUGGGCAACUCGGAGAUGCUGCGCAUUUCGUUCCAGGUCGAGUUGAAAAAGUAUAGCGCAGCUAUUGCAUGGCUUCAGGAGCUUUCCUGGAGCUCUGUCUUCGACGUGGAGAGACUUCGUGCGAUCACUAGCCGUCUACUCUCCGACGUGCCUGAUUCCAAACGUAGCGGCGACGAUAUGCUUGCGGCAGUGCAUGUUAUGGUCCACUAUGCGGCCGAGUCAAUUGUUCGGGCCCGGAGCACUCUGGUUAAGGCGCGAUAUCUCAAGCGGAUCAAGCGUCAAUUGGCAGAGGAACCAGAAACCGUUGUUGCACGUAUGGAAGAGAUUCGGAAAGCUCUCUUCAAGUUCGAGAACAUGAGGAUUCUGGUUAUUGCCGACCUCGAGAAACUGCAGAACCCGGUUUCGGCCUGGAAAUCGUUCGCCGAGCGACUAGGUGCCCAUGUUCCACUUCAACCUGUCACGUCUAGAAGACCUUUGCUAAGCGAGACGGGCCAGAACCUGGGCGGCCAGUCAUUUGUAGUCCCCAUGCCGACCAUUGACUCCUCCUUUGCUUAUGCCACGGCCCGGGGUCUUGAUUCGUAUGACGACCCGAGACUCCCAGCGCUGCUGGUGGCGAUCGCAUACAUGAACGCUGUCGAGGGACCUCUCUGGGUGGCGGUUCGUGGUACAGGCCUCGCAUAUGGCACCACCUUCGCCUACAAUAUCGACACAGGAUUUGUUAACUUCGACGUGUACCGGUCGCCGAAUGCAUAUAAGGCGUUCGAGUCGAGCAAGCAGAUCGUCAAGGAUCACGUCUCGGGGGCGGUUCCAUUCGAUCCCUUGAUGCUGGAGGGUGCGAUUAGCAGCAUCGUAGUUAGUUUCGCCAACGAGCAAGCGACUAUCGCCAGCGCGGCGCAGGGCAGUUUCAUUCGCCAGGUGAUCCGCAUGCUGCCUAGCGACUACAAGGAGAAGAUGCUAAAGCACGUGCGGGAUAUCGGCAUAGAGGAUGUCAAAACGGCGCUGCGGAACAUCAUCCUGCCAGUGUUUGCUCCGGAGACAGCCAACAUCGUGAUCACUUGCACGACCAUGCUUGAAACGACCAUCAAGGAAGGCCUGGAGGCGUCUGGAUUUACUCCCAAGGUGCAGCCGCUGAAGGAAUUCGAGGAUGAUUAUGGAUUGAAAACCGGGGAGGGUGAGGAUGAAGAAUCCGAAGACGAUGAAGAAUCCGAAGACGAUCAGAAUGAGACCGGAUCUGAAGACGAAGAUUCUGACGAUGAUGAGUGA